AAGCCACAACAGCACACUCAUUUUUCUUUUCUUUCUUUCUUUCUUUGUCUGAAUCUCCCAACACUCAGAAAAAGUUCUCAUGCUUCAAACUUGCAACAUCCCAUAACAACACACUCACACUUACCCAAUAGUAAAGUUCCCACUUUUCUUUGUUUUCUUCUCAAAGGGUAUUCAAAAAAACGUUAAAGUUUCUGUCUUUCUUGUUUCUUCAGUUUCAACAAGAUGACACCCUCAUUAUCAUCUCUCACGUUCUCCAUUCUCACUUUCACACGUUUUCCUUCUUCUUUUGGAUUUCAUUGUCACCUUCCACGACAGCCAUUGCCUCGUGUGGCUUGAAGGAUGUUGAUUUUGUUGUUUUUGGCUUUUGAAGGUUUUCUGGGGAUCUUAGAAAUCUUGGGUCCUUGAGAGUGUUUUCAGCUUUUGAGUUGUGUGUUUUUUUUUCAGAAUCGCAAUGCAAUUAGGUUUUCUGCAAAAUGGAUUGGACUCGUCUCCAGCGAAAAGUGUUGAUGGAAGUUUCAGGAAGUCUAGCUCCGUUAUUUCUGCCAGCACCGUCUCUGGUGCGUCGGGAUUGGCGAAGUUUGCUCCUAUUUCCAGAAGAGUGUUAAAGGGGCUCAAGGACUAUGGAAGAAAACUGGUUGACCUCGAGUUAUUUACACAGUAUCUUGAGGCGUGGAUCUCGGAGAAUCUAAAUGGCGAUUUGGCAGAUGGGAGGCAAAGAUUUAGUUCACCUUUCACAACUGAUGAGUUGCACAAGCUUGAUAUAGCAUUGGAGGGAGUUCCGUUUCAGCAGCUAGUCCGAAUGCCGGUCUUCUCCGAUGAUUGUGAUGACCUUCUAGAAGAUCAGUAUCUUGCAGCAGAAGAUUUCCUUCAUGCUGUUAUCAUCGGCCUCUGGCGCACAUUUUGGCAUAGAAGUGGACCCUUACCAAUAUGUGUGUCCUGCCCCUCUUAUGUUGGUUCAAAGUUCUGUAGUGUCGAAAAGGCAAUAUCGAGGAGCAGGGCGAGGGAACUGCGCGGUUUAGCUUUGAUGUCUAAAAGUGAGAAUGAACUAAAGACUAAAUGGGAUCAAGUAGUAGAGUUUGCCUUAUUCAAGCCAGAAACAUUAUUGGACAAUGUUUUCAAAGUAUCGGCUGGCACUAUUUGUGAAGCUCUCCUUUAUGGGUUCCAUAUUCUUGUUUCUCGGAGCUUGAGUAAGAUUAGUUCAGUCAAUAGUGACUCUGUCUUCCUUCUAAUUCUAGAUUCCAAGUGUGGAGCAGUGAUGAAGUUCGGCGGUGACCUCGGCAAACUUGAUUUGCUGAACUCCAGCAAUCCAUAUCUAUCUGUGGCUGAAUGGUUCAAAACACAUGCUGAAAUUAGUCUCACCCGUGUGGAACCGAUAUGGAACCGAUUGGGAAAUGCAAACUGGGGGGAUAUAGGGACCCUGCAGGUGCUAUUAGCAACAUUCUACUCCAUUGCUCAGUGGAAUGGACCGCCACGAAAGUCAGUAGCUUCAUUGAUCUCCGAUCAUAGCCUCCGGCUUCAGAAACGCAGGGCAGAAUGCUGCAUUGUUGAAGCUGAAAAUGCACUGGUUCCUUAUCAAGGAGGAACUGAGAUUGUUGAAUAUGACCCAGAUGAGUUAUCUUCUGAAAAGAGAGCAUGGCGCCUAAAGCUCAAGCAUAAUGACAUAUUGAUCUUGGAUGAUCCCCAGCAAGGACAGAAAAGUUUCCAAAUUCACGAAUCGCUCGUCGGAGGGAACUAUUAUCUGUAUAGUGCAGUGUGUCUUGAUCAUCCCUCACAGUUAUUGACUUUAUAUGUUGGUUCACAUCCUUCUAGACUUGAACCUUCAUGGGAGGAUAUGAGCCUCUGGUACCAAGUUCAACGCCAAACGAAAGUUCUAAACAUCUUGCGAAACCAAGGAAUCUUGAGCAAAUAUUUACCGGAAAUCAUUGCCUCCGGUAGGAUUCUACAUUCCGGUCCAUGCACGAAAGAGAGCCCUGGAGGAAGGUGUGAUCAUCCUUGGUGUGGGGCUCCAAUACUUGUGACAUCUCCAGUUGGGGAGCUGCUUUCAUCUGUAAUUGCUAAUGAGGGGUCAUUUUCGGCCGAAGAAGCGAUUCGCCUAUGCCGGGACUGCCUAGCUGCUCUAAGAAGUGCAGCUAUGGCUAAUGUCCAGCAUGGCGAUAUUUGCCCCGAGAACAUAAUACGUGUCAUCGAAAGACAAGGGACUAGAAACCAAGUUAUGUUUAUUCCUGUUUCGUGGGGCCGUGCCGUCUUAGAAGAUAGGGACAGCCCUGCCAUAAACUUGCAAUUCUCAUCAUCUCAUGCACUUCAGCAUGGGAAGCUGUGUCCUUCUUCAGAUGCUGAAAGCAUUGUCUACCUCCUUUAUUUUAUUUGUGGAGGAACCAUGCAGCAACAAGAUUCCAUUGAAUCUGCAUUACAAUGGAGGGAGAGAAGCUGGGAGAAGAGAGUGAUCCAGCAAUAUCUCGGCGAGGUUUCGGCUCUAUUGAAAGCUUUCGCCGACUAUGUCGAUAGCCUUUGCGGAACACCAUACCCUGUAGACUAUGAUAUAUGGUUGAA